CUCUCCGGGACCCUAAUGUAGCAGCCUUCAUGGUGGAGCCAAUCCAGGGAGAGGCUGGGGUGGUGGUUCCUGAUCCUGGAUACCUCACCACCGUCAGAGAGCUCUGCACUCAGAACAACGUGCUGUUCAUAGCUGAUGAGGUUCAGACUGGACUGGCCCGUACAGGCAGACGGCUGGCUGUGGACCAUGAGGAAGUUCGUCCUGACAUCGUGAUCCUGGGAAAGGCUCUGUCAGGAGGAGUCUACCCUGUGUCUGCGGUGCUGUGUGAUGACGAUGUGAUGCUGACCAUCAAGCCUGGAGAGCACGGCUCUACGUACGGAGGAAACCCUCUGGCCUGUAGCGUUGCCAUGGCAGCUCUAGAGGUUCUGGAGGAAGAGAAGCUUGCGGAGAACGCUGAGAAGAUGGGUCAGUUGCUGAGGUCAGAACUGUCAAAGCUUCCUAAAGAGAUCGUCCCCGUCGUCCGGGGCAAAGGCCUCCUCAAUGCUAUCGUCAUCAAGGAGACGAAAGACUAUGACGCCUGGAGAGUCUGCAUGCGUCUCCGUGACAACGGACUGUUGGCCAAGCCCACCCACGGUGACAUCAUCCGUCUGGCCCCUCCCCUCAUCAUUAAAGACCACGAGGUCAGAGAGUGUGUCGACAUCAUCCAGAGAACCAUCAUGUCCUUCUAGAACCACCUAGAAUUGAUUCUAGAACACUGGAACCAACAUUGGAACAGCCUUCUAAUCUAGCCGAUCUGAAAAAAACAACUAUCAUCUGCUGUGAACUAUCAACUAUUGGAAUGUGUUACUAACUCCUAAACAUUUAGAAAAUAAGUGUUAUUGUAUUGUAGCAGUACUCUCUUUUUAAGUGCAUUUACUAUGAGAAUGUAUGUGGAGAAUACUUCUAAGAGGUUUUUAACAUUACUGCCAUUUGUAUUAAUGGCAAGCUAAGCGUCGUCCAACCUAAGAAUGUUUUCUCUUUUGAAGUGCUGGGUUACACUGCUGCUCCGAAGCAACUUGGGGUGACAUUCAACCCAGGGCUGUUUUUAACUCUUCCAACUGGUUAGUUGGAAGACGGUUCAGAUACUGAUUUUAAUUUUGUUGUUAAAUCUGGCAACUACUACUGCAGCAAAGUUAAAAACGUUUUAAUGUGCUUAAACUUUUUUCACUUUCUAAAAAGGGAGCAGUGUUUUAAAAAAACAAACAAAGGAACAUACAAUUAUUUAAAUGUUAGUCAUUUAUUUGAACGUUACAGUGGUUUAUGCUUGUCGUUGACAUUAGCUUGAACCUUUUUGUUACUUAAAAGACACAGGUACAACCAAGAACGAUAUUUAAGUAUUUAAAGGGGAAUAUUUUAAUACCACUAUAACUAUAGCUGUUCUGUUACAUUAUUUAAACAAACCAUAGAAAACAUUUUAAACUGUAGCAGCACCCUAUGGGAGCUGGUCAACUACAGCACAGUGUAGGAAAUAAGGUUCCAUUUGAAAUGCACCCAGUGUUUGUUGGAAACUUGCUAAAGAGAGAACAUUUAAAACUGACUGUAAACUGCUGCAGGCUGAAUAUAAUUUGGAUUCUAUUACUAUAUUUAAAGUUUGUUACAUAAAAUGUUCCUAACAAUAAAUAGCUGGAAUCUUA